UCACAAAAGCAGCAGCAGUAUUUUUCAGGGCAGUUUUCACGUUAUCAUCACCAUCCUUAUCAUCAGUAGAGUGUAAUCUCGCUUUAAUAUAAAAAAAUGUCACUGGGGCCAGAUUGAGGUUUUCAAUCUGGAGGAUUUGGAAGAGGUGCAACCGGCGAGGAGUCACGCUGUUAUUGUUUUCAGACGUGGUUCUGCUGGUGAAUUAGCCAGCUGAGCUAGCUCCCAGGUUAGCUCCCCUCUGACUGGAUCGAGACUGGUUCGAUAGUCAGCCGAAGCCGGCGGUCCACGUUGAGCACACACCUCUCCCUCCUCGGCCUGCCAGACGAGAUCCACUGGAACAGAGAUGGGAAGUCUGGGCAGCAGGUUUCAGUCCUCCUCUCAGCCAGAGGAGGCUUCAGAGGGCCAGAGUACCACGCGCAAACACAGCUGCGAGUGCAAGAAGAGAAAACGAAACGCCCAGUGCGACUGUGACAGCGAACAGGAGGAAGAUGACGCCAUCCUGGAUACACCUCGCAGGAAGAAAUUGAAAAGCACAUCAAAAUAUAUUUAUCAGACCUUGUUCUUGAACGGGGAGAACAGCGACAUCCGCAUCUGCGCUCUGGGACAGGAGUGGAACCUCCACAAAGUCUACCUGUGCCAGUCGGGUUAUUUCUCCAGUAUGUUCAGCGGCUCUUGGAAAGAAUCCAACAUGAUGGAGAUCAACUUGGAGAUCCCAGACCAGAACAUUGACACUGAAGCCCUGCAGGUCGUGUUUGGAUCCCUGUACAGAGACGACGUUCUGAUCAAGCCGAGCAGAGUCGUCAGUAUUCUCGCCGCUGCCUGCAUGCUGCAGCUGGACGGUUUGAUCCAGCAGUGUGGCGAAACCAUGAAGGAAAACAUCAGUGCCAAGACAGUGUGCGGUUACUACACGUGUGCCAGCAUCUAUGGCCUGGAUUCAGUCAUGAAAAAGUGCCUUGAGUGGCUCCUGAACAACCUUAUGACCCACCAAAACGUCGACCUGAUGAAAGAACUUGGUGCGGAGGUGAUGGAGCAGCUCAUCCAGUCAUCCGACCUGUUUGUCAUGCAGGUGGAGAUGGAUGUUUACACAGCUCUGAAAAAGUGGAUGUUUCUCCAGCUCAACCCGUCGUGGGACGGACCCAUCAAGCAGCUCCUGGCCGACGCUGAUGCCUGGCUCUGCAAACGCAGGACGGACAUGUGUGAGAGGGAGCCUUUCUUGAACACGGAGGAAGGCGUCCCUUUUCGUUCAGUCUUCAAGUUCGUGCGACUUCAGUACAUCAUCAACGACCUCGCAUCCGCACGAAUCCUGGAGAGAGACAAUAUUUUGCCUCCUGACUGGCUAAUGCACGUGUACAAAACUCAGUGGUUUGCAAUGCUCCGAACAGAGUUUGACAACGAUAAUGGUCCCCAGGAACCAAACAAAGACGAGUUUGAGCUGAGCAGCAUGCGGUGUGGAAGGAAACUGACUAAAGAUGGAGAUUACUGCUGGCGGUGGACGGGCUUUAACUUUGGCUUCGACCUGUUGGUGACCUACACAAACCGUUUCAUAGUCUUUAAGAGGAAUACCUUAAGUCAACCAUGUGGGGGCGCUGUGAGUCUGCAGCCACGGAGACACCUGGCUUACAGGCUACGUCUCGCCUCCUUUGAUACCCGUGGAAAACUGAUCUGCAGUCGUUCCACAGGUUACCAGCUUCUCACUCUGGAAAAAGACCAGGAGUAUGUGGUGAUGAACCUGGACAGCCGGUUGCUAUCAUUCCCUCUCUACGUCUGCUGCAACUUCCUGUACACGUCGCCUCAUUCAGACCACCGGCUGGAUCCUGCAGAGCAGGAGAGCACGACGCGCGGCAGCAUGUCCUGAUGGCCACCAUUCAUACCCACCGGCGGUCCGGUAACGCAGAGACACUGACGCAAGCUUGUUUGUACAAUCCACCAUCAUUUUUUUUUAAACACCCAUUUUGACUUUGGACAUUGGGUCUGCAUGCCCUGUAGCUCCGUGAGAAGUUUCUUGGGGGCAGGUGUAUUCUAUCUGUAUUCAGCAUUUAGGCUCGUUCAUUGAGGUUUGUGGACAUCCUGCACUGAAAGAAGACAUAUAACCAUCUUCACAUAACAGCCGUGGCAUUAGGAUGAGGACGUGGCGACUGGGCGAGGUGCUUUGACCGUACACUAGUGGCAUUGAGGGCAUUAUCAUCCUGGAACACCAGCGAACGGCGGCGCAGAAGAAACACUGACAACAGCACGACUGAAGGUGUAUUUCAACUGAGGACGAAUGUAGAGUUCAGACGUGCCUCCGCACAUCCCUGCUGCUACACCAAACGCUGCUCGGCCUGCCCAGUGGGGUGGAUCGCGGCCGACGACGGCACGAGAUGGACGUCACCUCCGGACCGUCAGAUGCAGUCAAAAACAGCUCUUUGUCGCACGAUUGUUUUGUGUCAGUUAUAUUUGAGCAUAUAUUAAGGUUAGUCACUAUUUCAACUGUAAAAAAAGAAGAAAAAAAAUCAGCUGUGGGAGAAAAUGUAAUUUGAAAAUGUUAAUCUGAAACAUGGGGAAUCUGUCCAGACGACAGGAUUCUGUCCUUCAGCCUUAUUUUCAUAAAUGGUGGGAGUUGUAACAUCGACACUACUGUCCUGGUGUGGAAACGCCUCAGAUGUUCAGAAGGUCUCUGCAGCAUUUUACCAGCAAAACUCUGACGUCCUUCAGUCUCCUCCUGGUUUCUGAUUGGCUCACAGGGACACAGUUCCCAAGCUGCUCCCACCACAACGUCAGGUGUCUUUCUAGUUUUCGUUGACAUGUUUUCCACAUGAAUUCUCUGAUCUGUCUUUGUCUGGCGAGUCUGUAAAUCGCUUGUUACCUCAUAUUGUUUAUCCGCCUCGCGAAACGCGGGGAUUCUGUGUUCUGAAGCAGAAAUUUACUGACGUACUGCUGCAACUGUUCAUUAAGUUCAAAAUUUAAAGAUGUUUUUAUUUGGCCUUAUUUAUUGUUUUCUAUACUUGUAUGGAUGUUUCUUUUGGGAAAAAAGAAAAAAUAAUUCUCCACUGCCAAUGAACUGCCCUUCCUGAUGGGCUGUGGUGCUAUCUCCUGAUAGUGAAGGUCUUCAUUAAAACCUGCAUAGGGAGAUCUUACGGUUCAUGGCUCAGUAGCUAACAGCCUCGGUGAAUGUCGACAUAUCCUUUUGGUUUAAUGUCUUGCCAUUGUUUUAUUGAAAAUACAAAAUAUAGAGGUUUAGGUGACUGAAAAUGCUUUCAGACUUACAUAUUACAAACCUUCAAGGUCUGGCGAUAUCUGUGGUCAUAUUUUAAAUACAGAAAUAUUUCCAGCCACCAAAGAGCUUCCAUUCAAAUUUAGUGACUUCCCUUUAUCCUGACUGUAGCCUUUAGCGGUUGUUCUACACUUGUAACCUUCUUCCACCAGCAGCUGUCAGUUAAACCAUUAUACUACGUAUAUCUGGACCACUAACAUUUUCAUGAAAUGAACUGUGUGUUCACUGCUGUUUUUUUUUUUUAAUUCCAUUCGUGGAGGCGCCAUCGAAAACCGUUGCCUUUCUUGUAUCAUUUGUAUAUUAUUGAGUAUAUUCCUGUUAUUAAAAUACAUGUCACAAAAGC